AUGGAAUCAGCCAAUGGAAUUCACCUGUCGUCUGUGCAAUCUAUUCUAGCCGAACUGCUUCGGGGACUCAGUGCAGUGUCGUUUGUGCGCGCGUACCAGCGCGACGCCCUCGUUCUCCUGAAACUGCUCCUUUUGGAGCGCAAGAUCCUCUUCGCAUGUGACACCACAGUGAACUGUCUGUCCACGUGGCUCCUGACACUGGUCAGUUUGAUACCAGGUAAUGGCGUGUCUUGGAUUCGGCAAAAAAGCAUGUUGGACGGUGGUCUAGCAGCCUGCACGGAAGUAGACGACACGUGGGUGCGUCAGAGGGCCUGUUGGCCACUCGCGACCCUUUCUCAAGGUCACGUUGGUGAGAUGGACUCCAGUGCCGCUACCAGUGCAUCCGCGGGAACUGAUGAUGUUGAUGGUGCUGGUUUAAACUCCGGUUUCGUGGACGAGGACAUGCGGCCCACAACUACUGCGACCUUACCCGAACCUCUGCACCAGCAGACCCGAGUUGCUGCAUUGCGUUCCGCAGCCUCCAAUUUAUGGUCAAGCGUCACCAAGACAGCGUCGGCUCUGUCGGCUCACGUUAGGGGCACCAACGAGACCCCAAUUGCCCCCCAGACCAACACCGUCCCCACACCGAACCCCGCGCAGUCCACCGUCUCCGCCCAUGUUGACCCCUACGCCGCUCUGCCACCCCUGGAAGAUGACGGCUGCGUCCUUAACCUGGCCUUCCCCACCGACGACUGGGGUCUGCCGCUGCCAAUCUUUUCCCGGUCUUACUUAUUUCUGCCCUACGUUCCUCUCCACGCGCUGGACAUGCUGUUAGAAUCCCGGAAGGUCGGGACGGACGAGUUGGCGACGAACACGCUGGCAGCCGGACGGCGUGUUCGUGGGUUCCUUUGUGGCACCACCAACCCCCUCUUAAGUCAGAACACCCGACUCGCCGAGGUCAUCGUCCAGACACUGCCUCUACCCGCUGCCAGCGGUCACGUGAUUGGUAGGGUGCCGGGAGGCGGUGACGUGGAGAACGAGGCGCCUUCAGAAGCCACCGGAGACCCCGAUGCAGUGGAGGCCGCCGAAGACGCGAAGCCGUCCAUGACAAACCGAUCCAGCGGUGUGUUAUCGAAGCUAAUGAACCGGCAACCGCCGCCAAUUCGGCUGUGUCCGCCGUCGGAGGAGGCGUCAAGCAAACUGCGAUCUCUGCCGAUUCCGCUGGCACGCGCAGCUCAACUUAGCCGCCUCGACCGCGUCUUCAUCGACCACCUGGUGCACACCGCGGAGCUGUGGUACGCCUCACGAGCCCUCCAGCAGUCAGAUCCCCUUCCAGCCCCGUCGCUGGAGGUGAAUGUGGAGGAAGGUGGUUCGCGUGAACCCCUCGAUGCUCAGGCCUGCGCUGAAGUGCUUUCCAGAUUCCCCGGUAUGUGUGAGUUCCACUGGAAGGUGGAUGUGGUUCUUGUUCCAUUUCUUGCUGCGGUGAUGAAAUACCGUGUCUCCUCAUUUGUGUUUCCAGAAUUAGCCGACUUGGAGAGGUGGAUACGAGCCCAGUUUGGCGUCUACGUCAAGUCUUUGCUGCUGACAGCUGAAGGCAGGGGUAAGUCGUCUGUUGGUUUGAACUCUUCCAUUCUGGCCGGAUUAAAGCCAUCAUAUCAGCCGCGUGAAAACGUCUCUUUCCUGCGCGGCCCGUUGGCUGAUUUCAACCUGAGCUACAUCGCCUGUCUGCGCACAACUCACGCCUUCCUCGCCUGGCGCAGCCAAUUGGUCGUCUCCUCGAUCGCUAGCCAAUUGGCUAACGAUGCUCUCAGCCUCUUGGACACCGAGGCCAACGGGAAUCAUAAUGUAUCAACAGUUGCCCCAGGCACCUCUGCGAAUAUCGUUGCUAAGGAGGCAGCAGAGAAGAUCUACGCCAUCUCUUCUCCCUUACUUCAUCCCGGCAAACAUUUUCCCUCGUCAGAUGCAACUGAUCAAAUCGUGACCAAUCUAAAACAGUAA